UCAUCAGCCAUUACCAAUCUGGUGAGCUCCCUCUCUUUGCUCAACUAUCUCUGUUAAGUGUUAAUGUACUUUAAGUGACCAAUUAUUUAGUUAGUGUGUGUACACCUCGGGUGUUUCUCCCAGCAAGAGGAGGGGGUAUCUGGAGAACAGGAACACCUAAAAGCAGAAGGAGGGGCGCCUCAGACAAGAGUGUAUAUUAGCCCCUGACGAUCAGGGUAUGUUCCCCACUCCAGAUCAUCUGCUUUACUUUUCUCAUUCUCUUGCUGGGUCUAAAACAUUUUAGGCUCUUUCCUCCAGGUCCACCAUGUUGGGACAGCUACUGCUUCAGAGUGCCAUGAUCCUUUGGCUGGUGCAGCUGGCACACACAGGGGGUUAUGGUGUUGUAUCCGGCAGACCAAAUGGACAGGGGCCACAACCUAAUGGAAAGAAACCUCAGACCGGUGGAGGUGUAGGGAGAUUGCUGAUGCCAUCAAAAGGUGUGGGUCAGACUCUGGGUGUACAAAAUGGAUAUGGUGGAUACCCCACAAAAGGAUUAGGCUACGGUGCAGCUGCUGGUGUGACCAAAGGAGGAGGGACGAAAGGAUAUGGAGUGCAAAGCAGCUCGACAAAUGGACAACAGAUGAAGGGCAAUGGUUACGGCACACAAGCUGGUGGAUAUGGCGGUCAAGGAACUAAAGGUUAUGGGGCUCCAGCUGCUGUAGCACCAAAUGGAAAUGGAGGCCACUUGAAUGGUUAUGGUGCUACAGCUGGUGUUCAAGGUGGGAAUGGAGUUAAACCCAAUGGUAAUGGUGCUGCAGUUGGACAAAAUGGGCCUGGAACCAAAGGCAAAGGAUAUGGUGUUCAAGCUGGCCCAACCAAUGGACAGCAAAUGAAAGGCAACGGCUACAGCGCACAAGCUGGCGGAUACGGCAGACAAGGAACUAAAGGCAAUGGGAAUCCUGCAACAGCUGCUGCAUACAAUGGACUUGGAACAAAAGGAAAAGGCUACGGUGCUGGAUCUGGUGUAUCUAAUGGAAAUGGGGCUAAAACAAAUGGAGCUGCAGCUGGUGGUAACUGGGGCCGACCAAAUGGACAAGGUGGAGCUGGAGGUAAACCUGUGAAAGGAUAUGGCCAACCACCAUAUGGGGCAGGUCCAGGUACAGGUAUGGGAGCUGUCAGAGGUCUGGGAGUACCUCAGCUUGCUAGGAAUCAAAAGACCCAAGGUGAGUGAAGGCCAUAAAGCAGUACUGAGGCCACCCCAUAAAACACCAGUGACAAUGCCUUUAUUUUUUCUUCCAGCAUAUGGCAGCAAUGGUUAUAAUGGCUAUGGAGCUCAAC